AUGACUAGUUCAUUUGGCGAUAGUGACAGCGAUUUUGGUGAUUUCGAAGGUGUUCCAAGUCUAGAAACACCAACUACUCUUAAAAUCGAAGACCACCUAAAUGUAAUCCUGGGAUCUAGCCAGGCUAUACCCUAUAUGAACGAAGAACACACUUUAAAAGAGCUGCUUGAAGAUGAAAGACCAAAAGUGGUGUAUGAACAGCUGGUGAUCCUGGAACCACAUUUACAGCCUUUCCAAUGGCGCCAUUCCAAGCUGAGAUCGGAAUUACUGCAUACACUGCAAAUCGAAGAUAUAAUAGAAACUCCAAAAGUGGUCAAAAUACUGGAUCGCUCGCUUUACGAAAGCCUGAGCGUGCAUUUGGAAACUCCGGAAGGUCAGAACAACGAACAUCUCAUAGCACAACUUCUUGGUUCAAAAUUGCAGCCACCACAGGAAACUCACCAGCAGACACCAAUUGCAGUGUCCGACCUGCGAAGCAAAGAACUGGACUCUCUUAAUGAUUCUGACCUGAGUGUGGUUCACGACCAACUGAUAGACGCAAUUCUGACUACUUGCAGGAAUCUACGUGAAAAAGACGCACUACGAGCGCAAUUGAUCGCAGACAAAAACACAUUCGAAGACCUGGUAACAAACCUUAUAGGCCACACCCAAAGACUUCGUCGAGACGAGAUCGCACAGUUUAACAAGAAAAAUCGCAAAAGUUCUAAAUACAGCAGAAAAUUCAAAUGGGUACGAUAG